AUGGCUAAAGGGUCAGUGGGAGGGGCACACUGGACCCAGCAGAAUCUUCUUGCCAAGGUGGUGAACAGCACGGCCAUUGGUCAUCUCUGGGGAGGGCACAGCUCCCAGGCCGCACCACCGCCCCAUUCCAGCGGGAAGGCGCGGCCGUCCCUGCCCGGGGCUGCGGGCACACGGGGCUCCCCGGCGCUGCGGGCCCGGCAGCAGCAGCAGCCCCAACCUCUCCCUCGUUCCCUGCGCUGCCCCCAUCGCUGUUUGCCGCCUGCGCCUCCCCGCUCGGGUGAGCGAUGCGGGACCGACGCCGAUGUGGCGGAAGGCGCAGGGCACCCCGACUCCGCAGCGGAUGGCGGGCUGCCAGCCUGUGCAUCAGAGCCGGGCCGCAGACCAUCCUUGUCCCCCCUCGUUCUCCCGACGCCCAGCCUGGGCUGUGCCCGCCUCCGGCCCGCUGCCCUGCUGCCCCGCGGGCCGUGGGGCCGGUCCCGCAGCGGGACCCUCAGGCAGGGCGGCCGGAGCCUGCGGUGGUUUACUCUGUGUGGAGCGAGUACAGCCAGUGCUGAUUCUUUGUCUCCAGGUCAUGGGGAUGACACAGAUGACUUCAACCUAGAAGAUGCCCUGUUUGACCCCGUCACCAGGAGACCCACUCCCAAGGGGCCCAGAAGGCCAGCAGGUGGGACAGACUUCGAUUUGGCUGAUUACUUUGACACGCCUGUGGAGACUACCACCAAGGCAGCCAAGCCGACUCCCAAGCCCUUCCCCAGGCCAGGGAAGCCAGACAGCGGCUUUUGGGAUGUCAUUCGCACCACCACGACCAAGCAGCCAAAAACUACAAGAGCCCCUCCUAAGCGUAACCCAGAAAAGGAUCCUAUGGAUUUUGACUUGGCUGAUGCCCUUGAUGAUAAGAACGAUAGGAAAGAUCCUGGGAGGCCGGAUGUAAGGCCAGGUGAAGGAUUUUCAGACGACGACCUGGCCAGCAUUGUGGACGGCGGCUACAGCCCGGACAAGAAGAAGGGUGCCAGUGGCAACACCGACAACGACUACAGCGGAGUGGCAGAGACCGGCACCAUCGCCGGCAUCGCCAGCGGCCUGGCCAUGGCGCUCAUCGGGGCUGUCUCCAGCUACAUCUCCUACCAGCAGAAGAAGUUCUGCUUCAGCAUCCAGCAGGGACUGAACGCAGAGUAUGUGAAAGGAGAAAACAUGGAAGCCGUCGUAAGCGAGGAACCCCAGGUUAAAUAUUCAGUCCUGGAAACGCAGUCAGCAGAACCGCCAAAACAAGACAGUGCGAAGAUAUAAAGCGUGACCCAGGGCUAGAAAAUAAUCAGUCAGCAGCAGCAGAGAUCUUUCGUGCUUGUAAUUUAGCUUUUAAUUUAAUUUGACUCCAAAGCUAUUUAAUGUGUAUUUAGGCUUGAACUGGCUUUUUAUUGCUCUAGGCUUUAGGGUUAGACUGGUAGCAUGUGUUUAUUUUUUGUGAAGAGGUUUAUGUUUACAUCGAAGUAGUAGUGUAGGAUUGGUGUGCAGUUGGAUGGAAACCCACAGAAGGUACUUCAGCUGUGGUCAGUUUUCAAGAGCUUACAGGUAUGAGGACAGUGAAGUGCCUGUAAAUAGCAAUCCAAAGCCAAACCCUGCAAAGCGCCUCAGCCACCUUCUGCCUUCAGCUCCGGGCAGUGUCACUUCCCAUGGUGGGCACAAAGCUGCACAUUUCCUGAGGGUGGAUUGCAGUCCUUCGUGUAGCUACACCUAAAAAUGAAGUGCCUAAGGUGGGUCCUCGUGUGGGACCUUGGGCUGAGCCAGGUGACUCCCUGCUCCCGAGCCAGGAGUUGAGGAUGCUUCACCACCACCACCCAGCGCUCGGCUUCUAACCAAAGGACCUGAUUUUCAGACAAAGUCACAAAUACAGUUGAUAGUAGUUUGUGCAGUGUUCACUUCUAGCAAAUGUCAUUGCAAUGCCCCACUGUGCAGAUCAGAAAGGAACUGCAGUGAUAUAGUUUGUCUUAAGCUGCACCAGGGGAAGUUCAGGUUAGACAUCAGGAAAAAGUUCUUCACUGAAAGAGUGAUUGGGCACUGGAAUUGUCUGCCCAGGGAGGUGGUGGAGUCACUGUCCCUGGACUUGUUUAAA